AAUGAACAUGUUGAGCGACGAUGUGCCUGUACUGGUCCUUAAGAAGAUCGUAUCCGCGUGGUUUGUUGUGUCGUUCUUUGUGAUUGUUCACAUGUGCCAGUCUCAAUGGUGAAGUAGACACGCCACACUCGAGCGUAAUGUGGCGACUCGUCGGUAUACGUGUAUGCUGACGCGAACGGGCAAGAUGUCCACCCAACCACAAUGAAAGCGUUUCUGAUCGGUCCAAGGGUCGUUACCGUCGCACUGCUUCUGAAUCGCGCUGCGGCUGUAAACUUCAACGCAAAUGCCGGUUCCGUUGCGUCAUCGUCCUUGGUCCAGGCUCUUGUCGCCAAGGUGGAGGAGCUGGAAGACCGACUGGAAUUUUUGUCGGAAAACACCUUCCGCAUUCCUGAGACGCAGGAGUAUAUUGAUGAAACGGUCAGGAGCGAAGGAGCUCUCCUGGAGAAACACCUGCAGCGGAAAUAUAUAAAAGAGUGGCACCCCACUACGAAGCGAAAUCAUCGCACCCGCCUGCUGCACGUGGUAAUUAGCACGUGGCGAACGUGGGCGAAUCUCGUUUGACAGUGGCAUGUGUGAUUGGUCAGGGGCACGGCACAACAACGACAUGCAUGUGGCUGACACAGAUUGAUAUGCGUUGUUUGAAGAGUACAAAGGUAGUAGCUCUGGUGAAACGUACUUGCGGAGGUUGCGAUGCUUUUCGAUGAUGCCGUAGAUGAGCUUCGUCCAGUACAAGCGACAGGACUGCACAAACAAACUUCAUGCGAUCGAGCUGCCUUUUCCCUGUAUGAGAAAAGACGCCUUGGAUUCGCUGGUCAAGGAGUCAGGUACUUUUCCAUUACUUCGUGCUCCGGCCUUCAAUACGCAUUCCGCACAGCUGUUUGGGAUGUAUAUGCGCAAAAGGUUUUCCAUGUGAGUUUCUUCGCAGUCGCUCUCCCUGCUGCGCAUUCAUGCUAUACGAACUUCAGGUCUUUCCAGUGACGAGAUCAUUUCGUCGCACUUCAACAGUGCCGACAAAUCGACCGACUGUGAAUUCGGGAAACCCAGCAAGCAAGCAGUUUUGUCGAAAGCCGAAGUGGGCACGGUCUCGCUGCAGCUGAAUGUCGCGGCCGAGAUGUGUUCCAAGAAUCAUGUAUAUGCAUUGUACGACAGCGUGAGCGUGUUGGACGUGGAUUGGGAUGAUUUUCAUUGAGACGAUAAGGGAAUAUCCAGGUGCGACCGAUAAAUUUACAAAGUUUACAUAUUCCAAAGAAACUCACAGGACUGUGGAGGUUUCGUGCAGUUCAACACGGAUACAGACGAGACGUUUCCGAAGGCCUACAGCGUUUGGAACGAGGAGUUCCAGGAAUAUGCGAAUAUCAAGGGCGGUGGAGCUUUUGCGGGCGAUAUCGUGUUUGUGGAGUCCGGUCCGCGCUGCACCCACGUGAUGUUCAAGAACGACGAACCCGACAUCCAAGUGGCGCCGGCAGAUUGCGAGGGAUACGAAGCUGGCUGUCACUCUGCCUGUGUGCGUGCGAGUAUUUGCGUCGAAGACGACAGUGAGAAUACCUACAUCAAGAAACGAAUCAUCAUGUCGGAGUUUGGAUCGGAGACGGAGAAAGCGAUGCAGGGGGACGAGAUGUUUGAAGGCGCAAACAAAACUGCGAAAGCGAAUAAGACUCUGGGCGAGCUGGUAAACAAAACUCUGGAGCUGAAGCCAACCGCAAAAAAAAGUGCGAUGAGCAUGAACGCCACCGAAGGAGAAACAGAGGUUAAGACGAACGCUACAAAGGAGGCUACCGCAACUGCAGAUGCGGCCGUAGCGAACGCAAGUGAAGCAGCAGGAGCCCAGAACGCGACGGACGAACCGUUAGCGGAAAACACGACUGACGGUGCAGCUGAAACGAACACGACGGAGGCUGCAGAAGGAGCGAACGCUACGGAGCCGAACGCGACGGAAGGCGCAGAAGAACUGAACGCGACGACAGCUGCAGAAGGUGCAGAAGGAACGAACGCGACAGAAGCUGCCGAAGGAGCGAACGCAACGGAAGCUACAGAAGGAGCGAACGCUACGGAAGCUGCAGCAGAAGGAGCGAACGAAACGGCAACUGCAGAAGGAGCAAACGCAACAGAAGCUGCAGCAGAGGGAGCGAACGUGACGGAAACUGCAGCAGGAGCGGCGAACGCGACGGAAGCCGCAGUAGGUGCUAAUGCAUCAGAAACCAUAUUAGGAGCAGCAAACAGUACAGCAAACGCGACAGAGGGAGCACUAGGGGCGACAUCAAAUGAAAGAGAAGGUACAGGGGUUAUCUCGACGGAAAAUACGGCAGCAACUACCACGGGAGCAAAAGCUGAAGCAAGCGCAACAGGUAGUGCGGAACUAAAGGAUAACAAGAACAAUAAUAUCACGAAAACCUCUGCGAAUCAGCCACCAGUGGGCAAGUCGAGCGCUGAUGGCAAGUUCCGGGAGCCAUUUGACGUUCGACCAGAAAGCAAGAGCGCUGGAUUGCUGUUCUAUUGGUAGAGCAGCAGGUUUGCGGGCGAAUGGAACGAUCGCGAAAUGGCCGAGAUUACGAAAUAUAAAUACCGAAGGUACAGCCGAAUUGCGUACGAUACUUUGUCGAGAAAUUUGAAUCUAACCAUUAUCCUUUUUUCGUGUGUGAGUAACCAACUAGUAACCAUCAGAUUUUUUGUAAGAACGAAUUGCAUGCAGUUUCGCCUUUCAAAAGGGCGGCAGAAACUGUGGCGUUGCUUUUUCUUGAAUGAAUUUCUCCAAGAGAAGUAGACUGCAUGAAGGAAAUCAAUCAAUGUACUGCGACAUCGCCAACUCUUGUAUGUAAAGCCAGUGGUAGCUUAUUUCUACCGCAUGAUAAUGCACCUGUAUACCAUGCUGCAUAGAAACAGAAAAAGACAAGCACGAUAUUUUGAUAAAACACAUACCUGCACAGGAGCAUUCGCUCAUGCCAGAAGGACUUUGAAAGUUUCACUUUUGCGACCUCGGUUCGCGGACUUGCUGCACCCAAUUUCGGCUUCGUCCACUCAAUUGACUUAUUUUCGCUUCAGCCAGAGGCACACUUUUCGGCUUGCACCCAG